AUGGCGACGUUGCAGAAAUUCAAGCUUCUAGCAACACAAUGCGGCGUUGCACAGAGUCCAACACGAAGCCCGAGAACGAGUCCAGUUGUCCACCUCCCCCAGCGCCGUAAAACCACACUCCGGAUGCUCCUCGGACGCCGCUCUCCUCGUCGCCAGGAACCACAGCUACCGCCGAUUCACCCGGUGGCGCCGUUGCCGGAGAGAAAGAGAGACACUUUGAAGGACUUGUUUAUAUCUUCGGCGAUGUCGUUUGAUGAUGAAUUAGAAGAGGGGAAGAGAGGGAAAGAGAUGGAAGAUGUGAUUGGAGGAGGAUUUGGAGGUAAGUGUGACGUGUAUAGGAUGAAAGUUAACGGUUUAGGAGAUGGACCGGGUUCGCCUAGACCCGGUUGGAUCGGGCUUAGACACCGGUCUAUUUUGAGGAGAGCUUGGCGGCCUAUGCUUGUUGCUAUCCCGGAGACUGAGGAACUUCAAUGUUAAUUUGAUUUUAACUGCCAUGUCAGGGGUUUUCUACUGUUACUGAAGUGCUAGUAAAUAACUUUGGUAUUAAUCCAAUUUUUUUGGGUUAAAAAAAAAGAAAAAAAGAGAGAGAAAGAGGGAGUGUUUCUAUUUGCCGAUAUGAGUUAGGGAUGUAGAGGGGUAAUUUGAUUUAACUAUGCAAAUGAAAUACUGAAUUUCUCAAAUUCAGUUAUGAUUACAGUUAA